AGGAAGGAAAGGUGGUCGGCCUCCGAGAGGUGGUGGGCCCCGCCUCGGCCGCGAGCUGCCGGCCUCCGCGCACUGCGUGCCCGCCCUUCCAUUCUCAUCCGCCCGAGGGCCCCACCCCGAUUUGUGCUUGACAGGGUGACCUCGACGCCCGGGCAGAGUCUGAGGGCGUUCUCAGCUCCACUCGCUCCUCGCCGCCCCAAACUCGCUCCGAGCCGGAGGCCUGCGGGGAGGCGCGGGCCGGGUUUUCCGAGAGGGACGCCCGGAGGGGCAGGCCCGGGGUCAGCCCGCAGGCAGGCGCCGCGCUCCGGCAUCCGGCCGCCUCGUAACAAUGGCCCGAGGGGCUGCGAACGCUGUGGCGAGCGCGGAGGAGCAGGGGCGCCGGGACGCUGGAAGCCCCGCCCCUCGGCCGGCUCCUUGACAACGCGGGCCCGACCGCGCAGCCUGCUCCCCGCCCCUCGGCGCCCCGCACCAGGCGGGGCCGGGGCUAGAUCGCCGCCGCCGCUGCUGCAGCUGCAGCUGCUGCUCUGCAAAGAGGGGCCCGGGGCCGGGCUGGGGUGCCCUCUCUCCCACGUUCUUCCGCCGCUAUGAGCCAGGGAAGUCCGGGGGACUGGGCCCCCCUCUAUCCCACCCCCGGACCCCCGGCGCCCCCCAACCCCUUCGUGCAUGAGUUACACCUCUCCCGCCUCCAGAGGGUUAAGUUCUGCCUCCUGGGGGCACUGCUGGCCCCCAUCCGAGUGCUUCUGGCCUUUAUCGUCCUCUUUCUCCUCUGGCCCUUUGCCUGGCUGCAAGUAGCUGGUCUUACUGAGGAGCAGCUUCAGGAGCCGAUUACAGGAUGGAGAAAGACCGUGUGCCACAACGGGGUGCUGGGCCUCAGCCGCCUGCUCUUUUUCCUGCUCGGUUUCCUCCGGAUUCGAGUUCGGGGCCAGCGGGCCUCCCGCCUUCAAGCUCCCGUCCUGGUUGCUGCCCCUCACUCUACGUUCUUUGACCCCAUUGUUCUGUUGCCCUGUGACCUGCCCAAGGUGGUGUCUCGAGCUGAGAACCUUUCUGUUCCUGUCAUUGGAGCCCUUCUUCGCUUCAACCAAGCCAUCCUAGUGUCCAGGCAUGACCCGGCUUCUCGGCGCAGGGUGGUGGAGGAGGUCCGAAGGCGGGCUACCUCAGGAGGCAAGUGGCCCCAGGUACUAUUCUUUCCUGAGGGCACCUGUUCCAACAAGAAGGCUUUGCUUAAAUUCAAACCAGGAGCCUUCAUCGCGGGGGUGCCUGUGCAGCCUGUCCUCAUCCGCUACCCCAACAGUCUGGAUACCACCAGCUGGGCAUGGAGGGGCCCUGGAGUACUCAAAGUCCUCUGGCUCACAGCCUCUCAGCCCUGCAGCAUCGUGGAUGUGGAGUUCCUCCCUGUGUACCGCCCCAGCCCGGAGGAAAGCAGGGACCCCACCCUCUAUGCCAACAACGUCCAGAGGGUUAUGGCACAGGCCCUGGGCAUUCCAGCCACCGAGUGUGAGUUUGUAGGGAGCUUGCCGGUGAUUGUGGUGGGCCGGCUGAAGGUGGCCUUGGAGCCGCAGCUCUGGGAACUGGGAAGGGUGCUUCGGAAGGCUGGGCUGUCCCCUGGCUGUGUGGACACUGAGGCAGAGCCAGGCCGGAGUCGAAUGAUCAGCCAGGAAGAGUUUGCCAGGCAGCUACAGCUCUCUGACCCCCAGAUGGUGGCUGGUGCCUUUAGCUACUUCCAGCAGGAUGCCAGGGGUUUGGUGGACUUCCGAGACGUGGCCCUUGCGUUGGCGGCUCUGGAUGGGGGCAGGAGCCUGGAGGAGCUGACUCGCCUGGCCUUUGAGCUCUUUGCCGAGGAGAAAGAGAAGCAAGCCGAGGAGAAAGAGAAGCAAGCCGAGGGGCCCGGCCGCCUGCUGUACAAAGACGGCUUCAGCACCAUCCUGCACCUGCUGCUGGGCUCGCCCCACCCUGCUGCCAGGACCUUGCACGCCGAGCUGUGCCAGGCAGGAGCCCGCCAGGGCCUCUCCCUCUGUGAGUUCCAGGACUUCUCCGUUCACCACCCGCUCCACGGGAAGCUCUUCGGCACCUACCUGCGCCCCUCGCAGACACCAAACGCCUCCUCCCCAGACAGCGUCCCUGCUCUGGCCAACGGGGCCGUGCAGGCCCCCAAGCAGAAGGGCGACUGAGCACCUCGACCUCCCCAGCUCGCACCCGCCCACAGACUCAGGGCAGCGCCAGAGGCCAACCCUGGCCCUCAAGCCCGUCUCUGUCCUGCUUGACUUUUUGUUAUCAUUGUUGGUUUUUUUAAGUUGGUUUUCAUUUUUUGUUCGUUUGGUCUUAUUUUGUAAGAAACUAUUUUAUAUAUAAAUAUAUAUCUAUAUCUAUUUAAAAAAAACAACGAAGCUCAG